GCCACAGAUAGUCAUUUUUUCGAAAGUUGCUUUCACUGAAGUCAUUCGUUUGUCUUUAUGUUCUAUUUUGCUUUUAAAUAUGAGUAUUUAUCUAUCUAAAUCCGGUGAAUCGAAAGCAUGCUGGAUCUCUCGCUUAAGACAAGUGACAUUUCUGUAUAUAUUUUUCGGAUUUCUCUUGUUGGCUGACCAUUCAUGGGGGUUCAAUAUAGACAUGCUGCAUUCCAGAGUUUUCACAGCGCCUGUGAAAGGCUCACAUUUUGGUCAUCAGGUUUGUCAUUUUGGCCCAACGCAAGAAGACAGUGUGUUGGUGACGGCCCCUCUCCUUAAUAGUGGCACUGGAGGUAUUUACAGGUGUUCUUACAGUGGCCAUCAAUGUUCACAGAUCCCUGUAAAAGUUGAUCCAGGCAUUGCUUUCGGCUUAUCCCUCACCUGUGAUGCCCAUCAAGCAAUAGCAUGCGGUCCUCGUUUAAUGCAGAAAUGUGAGGGGUUUAAUUAUCUCAAUGGUCAAUGUGUGGAGAUCAGUCCUCACUUCACUGCGGCGGACACACUGAAGCCUGCUUUCCAAGAAUGUCACGUUAUUCCCCCACUGGAUGCUGUUAUUCUGUUUGAUGACUCUGGCAGUAUCUCCGAAGACGAUUUUAAAAUGAUGAUUAAAUUCAUCAAGGACUUGAUUGGCUUGUUCUUAGACACAAAAGCCCAGGUUGCUGUGGCGAAAUUCUCUACCAGAGUGUCGGCUGUCUUUCACUUUGAGAACUUUGCAGUGAAUCCAGACCCCGAUCAGCUAAUGAAAGAUGUGACGCAGGCAAAGGGCGACACACACACUCCUUCUGCUAUACGCUUUGUGUUAGAGCAGAUGUUUUCUGAGAAUGUGGGCAUGAGGAACAACUCUCAGAAGUUAUUGCUGGUGAUCACUGAUGGAAAGUCAAACGACAAUGAGAAAUUUGAAAAUGUCAUCCCCAUAGCCAUUGAACGAGGCAUUAAGAGAUUUGCCCUUGGGGUUGGUAAGGCGUAUUCUCACUCUGAGCUGGAGAAAAUCGCUUCGUCUCCUGAGUUUGUGUUCGAGACAGUGAGUUUCAGCGCUCUCGUCUCAAUUCUAAGUGAGCUGAGGGAAAGAAUAUUCUCCAUUGAAGGGACUGACACAGGGAAUUUCAGCUCUUUUCAGAUGGAAUUGUCACAGGGUGGCUUCAGUGUGGCCCUCUCUGAGGGUUUGAGGUUGUUUGGAGCAGUUGGGGCAUACACAUGGUCAGGAGGGAUUGUGCAGGGUCUUACUCAUCAACUAAUCAAUUCUUCAUUUAUUAAUGCCACAAAAACAGAGGAGGACAUCCGUGACUCAUAUCUGGGUUACUCUGUAGCUGUGGCAACAGUAAAUGGUAAUGUUGUUUACUUUGCUGGGGCGCCAAGACAUAGACACAAGGGUCUGGUGUUGGGAUUCACACAAAACCAUCAGCACCAUGGCUGGACCGUCUUUCACAGGAUAUACGGAUCACAACUGGGCUCAUAUUUUGGAGCAGAGUUGUGUGUGUUGAAUGUUUCUGGGUUGUUAGCAGUCGGAGCUCCUUUAUUUUAUGCCCAUGGAGUGGGAGGAGAGGUCCGGAUAUGCCCGCUAAACACUGAGACACUGAACUGCUCAAUGUUUCUCCGUGGAGCAGUGGGGAAUGAUUUUGGCCGGUUUGGUGCUUCUCUAGCCGCUCUACAGGACAUGAAUGGAGAUGGUCUUGAAGAGUUGGCAGUGGGGGCAUCUCACGAAGAGCAAGGCAAUGGGGCAAUUUACAUUUUCUUGGGACGACCGGGAGGAAUCAGAAAAGAAUACAGUCAGAGAGUGAGUGGAUCAGCAGUAGGCCAUGGACUGCAGUAUUUUGGAGUCUCUAUUCACUCUGCAGGUGAUCUGACUGCUGACUCUCUCACUGAUGUAGUGGUGGGAUCUAGAGGUGCUGUUACUGUACUCAGAACUCAGCCGGUCAUGUGUUUGCCCAUAAACGUCACAGUUGACCCGCCAAUCAUUCCUCAGAAAUUCUUCCAUUGCUCCGCUCCCCUCGGCCUCAACAUUUCUGUUGCAACACUUACCAUUUGUGUCACCUUGAAGGAGGUUAUCAAGGGUAAUAUACAAGAUCCUCUCACUGCUGUUGUAUCAGUGGCUCUGGAGCUGGACUCUCAGCUCAGGACCCCUCGGUUGUUGUUUGGUCCCAGUUCAGCCUCCUUUUUCUGGACCCCCAGCAGCAACCUCACCACUAUUUCUCCUGUCUGCACUACUCUCUCCAUCAGCAUCCCGGAGUGUAUAUCAGACUACCAUGAGGUUCCUCUCUCAAUACGGAUGAAUGUAACAGGACAAUUGAUUCCAGGAACAAGAGACCUGAGACCAGUGCUGAGCCCUGACUGCCACCCUACAUUCACAGGGAUGGUGCUUUUGGAGAAGGUGUGUGGGGAAGAUCAUGUGUGUGUAUCGGACUUAAAUGUUUCUCUCUCUUUUGUGAGUGAUACAGUGGUGAGCACUGCAGGUUACCCUGUUAAUCUCUCAGUGGAGGUGACCAAUAAUGGAGAAGAUUCCACAGACACUGAACUAUUCCUUCAGCAUCCCACCAUACUGUCCUUUACCCGUGUCAAAGCGUCUAGUGGACAGGUGCUGUGUGUGUCCAAUCAGACUGAGCUCUCAAACCUCACACGCACGACAUGCCGGCUUGCAAGGAUUUUCCGCCAGAGAGCGAAGACCACAUUAUUGAUGUCAUUCACAGUAUCUACACCUGUAGCUGUAAACCAACGCUUGGUUGUGAAUGCAUUAGUCAAAAGUAAAAAUGAGAACAAUGACACAAUGCAAGACAAUCUUGCAACUACAUUCGUGGUCAUCAAACUUCCUAUUAAUGUUGUGGUGAGAGAUGGAGGCUCAACACGAUUUAUGAGAUAUCCUCACAGCACACAGCUUGAACAUGUCUAUAUGGUUGAGAACAAUGGACAAUUGUCUGUACCUGUGAAUAUUUCCUUCGUGUUGCCGGAGGAGAUGGGGUUGGGGUUCUCAUGGACAUCUGAAAUCAAUGGAACUGGUGCAAACUGUGAAAAGCUAGGUCUCCCCAAAAAUGUUAAAAGCUCCAAUAUGAUACCGCAUUGUAAUGUAUCUUCAUGUAAUGUGAUCGGUUGCACCAUUCAUCUGUUGACUCGUGAUACACCAAUCAGCUUUGUGUUUACUGGGAAUAUCAGUUCAGGCAAGCAGGUGACGGGUUGGCAGGUUAGCAUCAUGAGUUGGGGAUUUCUCUCAUUUGACAAUGAGCAGUUCAUCCAGUAUCCCCCCGAUGACUCUCACCAGCUCUCUAUUGUCACCGAGUUGGAAGUCCCAUCUCAGGCCCUGGCAGUACUCAUCGCCUCACUGUCUGUCAUCUUUGGACUCAUCGCUUUGGCGAUCAUCUUUGUGAUGCUCUACAAGAGGGGUUUCUUCAAAAGGUCUUUGCCUGAUGAUGUCAACCCUGUGAUGACAUCUGGUGGCGAGCAUGAACUUAAUACAGUCAACGGAGACCAAACUACAACACAAGUCCCAGCUGAGUCUGCUGGUGCGAGUGCUACAACUAAUGGAGGAGCUGAACAAAUCACUGUGGAGAAGCCAGUACUGUAGUACAAGCUAACCGGACUGCUUAUUCCAUAGAAGACUGAGGAAGAACCAUUAUUACCUGCUUUCCUUGUUCAGAAAGAGUUCCAACAGUCUGGAAAAAGCCCUGGAAGAAAAUGUCUGAAAACCUGUUGAACAGUGAAACCUGUUUCAGUCACAGUGAGGCAAUAAAGAGAAAGCCUGAUAUAUACUAUUAUUGAUAAAUAUCAGAAGAACUAACGAUAUGAUUAAAAUGUGUGAAAUUUGACCAAACCUUGAGAUGUUCCUGUGUGUAGCAUUGCAAAGAGACUGUUAUUAAAGGAUGGGGCAGUUAAACACUAUAUUGAACUCAAUGAUAAGCGGGGGUGUUUCUUAUCUGUUUAAUCCUUAUAAUCAGAGGGCUAAAGAUAGUUAUGGACAAACUAAUUUACGACCAUAAAACAUGACUUUUAACAUAAACUCACCAGGCACUUUAUUAGGAACACCUGUAAACCUACUUAUUCAUGUGAUUAUCUAAUCAGCCAAUCGUGUGGCAGCAGUGCAAUGCAUAAAAUCAUGCAGAUACAGGUCAGGAGCUUCAGUUAAUGUUCACAUCAACCAUCAGAAUGGGGAAAAAUUUGACUCUCAGUGCUUUCGACUGUGGCAUGAUUGUUGGUAUUAGAUAAUUUGGUUAAUAAUGAGUAUUUCUGUAACUGCUGAUCGUCUUUAAAGUACAUAUGUUUUUAAAGAAUUAGCCAAACACAGUUUAAAAUAGCUUUAGAUGGAGUAUAGCCUGUCAUGACACACAGCAGGAUACAGGAUGUCAACUAAUCAAACACAUAUACUGCAGAAUAAACAUUAAAUCAUGACAUUGUCUUGGAAUAUAUGGGGAUUAAAUGACAGGAAUG